CAUAGCGUAUCUCAACUCUUAAUCUUCUCUCUAUUUUGGUCUUUAAUUAGUCAUUUCAUAUCUCAUCAAGAAAGAUGAAAAUAGAGAACCCCGCAUCUUCUAUUCUUCUAAUUUUACUUCUCUCCAUCUUUUUCACUGAAUCCAUAGCUGAUAUUUGUCCAUUCAAUGUUGUAAAUUAUGGUGCAAAACCAGAUGGGAAAACUGAUUCAUCAAAUGCUUUUUUAACUGCUUGGGACUCAGCUUGUGGCUCUUCAAAACCAGCCACAAUUUAUGUACCACAAGGAAAGUUCUUAGUUAAACAAGCACAUUUUAAAGGAAAAUGCAAGAACAAAGCCAUAAUGUUUCGAAUCUAUGGUACACUUGUGGCGCCUUCCGAUUAUAAUGUGAUUGGAAAUGCCAAAAAUUGGCUUCUGUUUGAAGGUGUUGAUGGAGUCUCCAUUCAUGGUGGUAGACUUGAUGGCCAAGGAUCUGGUUUGUGGGCUUGCAAAGCCCACAAGAAGAAUUGUCCGAGGGGCGCCACGACUCUGGGAUUUUCCAAUUCUAACAAUGUAGCAAUAACUGGACUAACUUCAUUGAACAGCCAAAUGUUUCACAUUGUCAUCAAUGGGUGCAAAAAUGUGAAGUUGCAGGCUGUCAAAGUUUUUGCCCCAGGAAAAAGCCCGAAUACGGAUGGCAUUCAUGUUCAAUUAUCGUCGGAGAUCUCAAUCUUGAACUCGAUAAUCAGUACGGGAGAUGAUUGCGUAUCCAUCGGUCCAGGAACUACUAACUUGUGGAUCCAAAAUAUGGCUUGUGGCCCUGGACAUGGAAUCAGCAUUGGAAGUUUAGCCAAGGAUUUUGAAGAAGCAGGGGUGCAGAAUGUGACAGUGAGAUCAGUUAUAUUUAAGAACACAACAAAUGGUGUGAGGAUCAAAACGUGGGGCAGACCAAGUACUGGCUUUGUCAAUGAUGUUCUUUUCCAGCACGCUACGAUGAUUGACGUUCAAAAUCCAAUCGUUAUCGAUCAAAAUUACUGCCCCUAUAAUAAAAAUUGUCCGGGCCAGGUCUCAGGUGUGAAAGUUAGUGAUGUUACUUAUCAAGAUAUCCAUGGAAGUUCAGCAACACGAGUCGCGAUGAAAUUCGAUUGCAGUAAAGAGAAUCCGUGCAGAAGAAUAAAAUUGGAAGAUGUAAAUCUCACAUAUAAGAAUAAACCAGCUGCUGAAGCUUCGUGUGCUAAUGUUGCAGGAACAACUUCUGGCAUUAUUCAGCCUACCGGUUGUUUGUAAGCGAAAACUCAAGAAAAGGGUUCUUUCCCUUUAAUUAUUUUCUUCUUCCUUUAGUAGAUUUAGUUCUUAAUAGAUGAGAAAUAGACAGUGGUUUUAUUUAAGGGAAAAGGGUCAAAAAUACCCCUCUACUUUGGAAAAAGGGCUAACAAUAUCCUCCAAACUUAUUUUGGAUCAAAAAUAUCCCUCUACUUUGGAAAAAAGGCUAAAAAUAUCUUCUGAACUUAUUUUGGGUCAAAGAUACCCCCAAUAUGUAGGUUUGAAGUUUGAGGGAAUUGGGGGAAUAAGGGGAUCUUAUGGGUAAUUAUUUAGUUGUGUCAGGUUUAAAUGAUGAAGCGAGUUUAAAAAAAAAUUGGGUUAUUUUGGGGGAUAAUUUCCGUCAAGACAGGGGUAGAUUUGAAAACUUUAAGGAUGAGAGGGGUAUUUUUGACCCAAAAUAAGUUCGGAGGAUAUUUUUAACCCUUUUUCCAAAGUAGAAGGGUAUUUUUGACCCUUUUCCCUUUAUUUAAUUGCUGAUACUAAGUAUUAUUGAUGUUAGUAGCUUUGUCCAUAUUUACUUCAUUGCAACUUGAAGUGCUUGCUUGAGCCUGUGGCGCAACUUGAAUCGCCUGGCCUAGGGACAAGUUCAAAGCUAUAACACCAAACAGAGAAAUUGUUAUCCCCACUAUUAAUUGUAAUAGGAUGUCUUUCUCUAAAAUGUUCAA